CAAAGGAGGAAGUGCAAGAAUGAGAGAAAGCAGAAGGGCUGGAAGAUGCAGGAGCUGAGACGGAGCUGACUGGCUCUGCCAAUGGGGGGCCUGGGUGAAAACAAAAUGCACUUGUUCCUGCUCUUCUUCCUUUUCCAUCUUGCAGGCUCAUCUGAAAUCUCGGGUCCAGGGGUAGUCAGCGGCCUGGUGGGGGGCUCACUGACCGUGCAGUGUCGCUAUGUACAAAAGUGGCAAUCCCACAAGAAGUGGUGGUGUCGAGGAGCCGAGUGGAAUAGCUGCCGUAUCCUUGUUAAAACCAAUGGGUCAGAGCAGGAGGCACAGUGGAAAAAUGUGUCCAUCAAAGACAAUCAGAAAAACUACACAUUCACUGUGACUAUGGUGAAGCUCACAAAAAGUGAUGCAGAUACUUACUGGUGUGGGAUCGAGAAAUAUGGAACUGACCAUGGGGCCAAAGUCAAAGUGACUAUCAACCCAGCACCAACUACAGUGUCAACCACCACCUCAAACGCCCACAUGUCCACAGCGCCAGCAGAGACCAAAGCCCCCCCAACUAUGACCAGCCAUCACUCCAAUGCCAGGGCUGACUCCAUUAACCUCAGCAUCCUGCUUCCCCUCAUCUUUGGCGUCUUGCUGCUUCUCCUGGUGGCCGCCUCACUCUUGGCUUUGAGAAUGAUGAAGCAACAGAAGAAAGCUGCUGGGCUAUCCCCAGAGCAGGUGCUCCAGCCCCCAGUAGGGGACCUCUGCUAUGCAAACCUGACCCUACAGCAAACCGGAACCUCUCACGGCUCCUCCCAGAAGAAGGCCUGCACAAAGCCCUCCUCCUCUGACCUGGAAAAACAGCAGGAAGUGGAUUAUGUCACCAUGGCCCCCCUUCCGAAGGAGAACAUUUCCUAUGCAGCUCUGACUUGGGAGUUUCUGGAUCAGGAGCCAACCUACAGCAACACAGACGUGCUCGUCACCCGUAUUCCCAGCAGGAACCACGAGGAGUCCAUAGGAUACAGCACCGUCAGGAGGCCUUAGCCUGAGUCCCCGUCCCCAGAACCUGGGAACUUGGCAAAGGAGCUAUAUGGAUGUGUGAAGUUGAGGAUUUUGAGAUAGGGGGAAUAUUCUGGAUUAUCCAAAUGGGUCCUAAAUAGAAUCACAAGUCUCCUUGUAAAAGGGAGGCAAGAAGGUCACAAGAGGAGAAGGCAGCAGAUGAUGGGAGCAGAAGUUGGAGAGACAUGGUCAGCAGCCUCCAGGAGCCAGAAAGGGCAAGCAAUGGAUUCUCCCCUGGAGUCUCUAGAAAGAACCAGCCUGCCAACACCCUGACUUUAUAGUCCACUGAAACAGACUUUGUGUUUCUGGCCUCCAGAAGUGUAGGAGAAUAAAUUGGUAUUGUGUUAACGAAGCCA